AUGUCGAAUGAAAAUCAAUUUCAAAUACAAUAUUUUAUCAAUCAAAUCUGCUCUUGUGAACAGGUUUCGCCAAAAUUGAUCGUCAAGACGCAAUCGAUCAUAUCCGAUCCUGAGUACGUAAAGGCGUGCCUUGAAAGCACUUUGAAUGAUUUAUCCGAAAAUGCUCAACUGAUGUCCGAUGUUGAUCUACUGGUUUUCUAUAUAAAACAUUGGAAAAACUAUCGGCUCAUGUGUGAUGCAUUUCAGGAAGAAAAACAAAUCGAAAACAUCAGUGUGACUUCGCAACGCAUAUGGGAAAAAAUUUUGAUCAAAUCGUUAUUCUCCCGUGUGACAAAAGCGUGUUUGAAUGCAAUCGAUGAACAUCGGAAUAAUCGAUUAAAUCUCGAUCCGAAUAUCAUCAAUGAUGUUCUCAAUAUUUAUUCUGAUGAAAAUUUAUACAAAUUAAUCAAACAAGACAAGAUCAACCGAACGAUCACUGACAUCUACAUCGAUUGCUUCGAAAGUCAAUACCUUCAAAAUGCACAAAAGUUCUUCUCCGAUCGAAAAAACCACUUACGAGCAGGUGAAAUAAUCGAAUAUCUCAUAUCGAUAUCGAAUUAUCUUCACAAUGAAUUGACAUUUGCCAGACGUUAUCUACCAGAAGAAAGAUCCACAUUUAGCGAUUUAACUGAUAUAUUAGAACAUUUGUUCUUCUUCGGAAAUAUUUUCCAUAAUGUAUGGAACGAUUUGGAGUUACUCGCCGAACAAGAAAAUCAUUUUCAAAUUGCGAAUUUUUACAAAGCGAUCAAUCAAGUGCCGAGGAUCAAAAAUGUGGUUGUAGAAUUGAUUGAAACGGAGUUUUAUCACAGUGAGUUACUCGUCGAACAAGAAAAUUAUUUUCAAAUUGCGAAUUUUUACAAAGCGAUCAAUCAAGUGCCGAGGAUCAAAAAUGUGGUUGUAGAAUUGAUUGAAACGGAGUUUUAUCACAGUGGUCGCAGAACUUUUCGAUCAGUGGAUAAAGAUGCCAUGGAGGACCCGAAAGUUUAUCUCGACACAAUGAUAAACAUUCGCAUGAAAUUGGCAAAAUUUAUGCAAGAUGAUUUAAAUAAUGAACUUGGACUGAAAAAUAUCUUCGAUAAAGUUUGUCUGCAACUGAUGCGUACAAAUGUUCUGAAGCCAAUAGGAAAGAAAUUAUCUGAAUCAUUAUGUGAAUAUUUGGAUGUACUGUUGAGAAAAGACAUUCGAACGUUAGAAAAAGCGAAUUUGACAGAAAAACUAAAUGAAUCGACGAUAUUUUAUGAUUACAUCGAAGACAUCGAUACAUUUGAAAAUCUAUAUCAAAAGCGAUUGAUGCAACGCUUGUUUCGACAACUGAGUAUCUCAAUUGAACUUGAAUUACUUUUAAUAACAAAUUUACAGGAAAUCUGCGAACAUGAAUCAACGAAGAAAUUUAGACAAAUGUGCAAAGAUAUUUCCAACAGUGACAGACUGAAUAUGUACUAUGGAAAGUAUCCCGAAUCUGAAAAGAUUUUCGUAACGAUUCUCAGUUCAACAGUCUGGCCGUUUUCGCCUCCAGAUGAAAUUCUUCUCCCACACGAAUUAAAAAUCAGCUACGAUCACUUUUCCAAGUGUUUUACCAACUAUUCCAAACGAAAAGUUCUCAUUUUACUUCCUCAAUAUUCACAUGGCGAAUUGGAAGUUUGUUUUAACUCACUCAAAUACAUUUUCCAAGUUUCUCUCUAUCAAAUGCUUGUUCUAUUGUUAUUCAACGCCAAUGCGACUAUCACGAUCAAACAAAUACAAACUGAAACACAAAUGUCGCUCAACGUUAUACACGACGUGCUCUGCAAUUUAUCGGAAAAGAAAAUCAUUGUUUGUGAUGAGUUCGAGAAUUUAAAUCGUCAGAAAUCGUCCAUUCGAUUAACCAAAGAUUUUCAAAACACGAAAAUGCACGUGAAAUUAUGCGCGCCAUUUAAUUGUACUGAAGCAACGAAGAACAACGAUAAGAAAUUUGCGAUUCAGGCAGUCAUCAUUCAAAUCAUGAAAACGAAAGAAACGUUAUUUAUCGAGUCAUUAAUUGAUGAAGUAAUGACCGAAAUGAAUCAACCGAAUGAAAAUAUUAUUCGAAAUUGCAUUGAUCGAUUGAUCGAACAGGAAUAUUUAGAACGCGAUUCAAGACGAAGUAACCUUCUACAUUAUUUAUUGUGA